AUGGAUGCGCCUUCAUCCUCAUCGUCGAUAAAGCGAGAACUCGAAUUGGGUGGUUCCACAAGCAGCCCUUCUUCCUCAAAGAAACGUCAAUCUUCUGAAGCACCAUUGAAAUCGACCACACUAAAGCGAAACAAGUUGGAUUCUGAGGAGCAGUUAAAUGAGCCCGCUGAACAGGAGGCACUGGUGGACGAGGUAGAAACUUUCGGAGAAGAUCCUGAGGAAGACCCCGAUGAAGAGGUAGAAUUCAUUGCCGAUGGCGAUGUACUGGAAGAUGAGGCGGUUCUUGCCCAAGUCCUUGGUGUGGAUGUUGCUUCCACUUCGGCGGGACCUAUUACCGCGGAACAACAGGAAGAGACUAAUCGAGCGGAGGAUAGGAAAUUGCUCGCUCUCAUGGCACAUUUCAACGAAGACCAGUUGAGUAGAUUCGAAGCGUUUCGAAGGGCGACUUUUACCAAAUCGGCUGUCAGUCGGAUCAUUUCAUCUGUCUCUCAAACCGCCUUUUCUCCUAAUGUCGUCAUUGCAAUGUCCGGCAUCACUAAGGUUUUUGUUGGCGAGUUGGUUGAAGAAGCUCUGGACUACAAGCAACAGCUUAAGGAGACUGGACCCCUCCUCCCCAAACACAUCCGAGUGGCCUACGAUCGACUACGAAUGAAGGAUCGCACUUCACGACCCAAUCGUCACUUCAAGGCGUUUUAA